AUGACCAACCAGCAGGGUCCCAUGAAGUCACCUAUGUGUCUGAUAAAGAAUGUGGAUGGAUUGCUUCGGACUGAAGAAAAGGCUUUGGAGCACCUGAGGGGAAUCUCCCAGCCAGUGGUCGUGGUUGCAGUGGUGGGGUUGUAUCGCACAGGGAAGUCCUAUUUAAUGAACCGACUGGCUGGGAAGCAAACAGGUUUUGCCCUGGGCAGAACCAUAGAGUCUAAGACCAAAGGCAUCUGGAUGUGGUGUGUACCUCACCCCACUAAAACUGAACACACUCUGGUGCUGCUGGAUACUGAAGGACUGGGAGAUGUGGACAAGGGAGACUCAAAGAAUGAUGCUUGGAUCUUCUGUCUGGCUGUUCUGUUGAGCAGCACUCUGGUGUACAACAGUCGAGGGACCAUCGAUAACCAGGCAGUGGAGAAACUCCAUUAUCCUUUUGUCUAUGUUACUGAGCUGACUGACCAGAUCAAGGUGAAAUCAGCAUCUGCUUCAUCAGCAGAAUAUGAGGAGGAGGAGGAAUCUCAGUUUGUGCAGUUCUUCCCCAAUUUUGUCUGGGCUGUGCGAGAUUUUACUUUAGAACGAAAAAUUAAUGAUGAAGAUGUGACGGAGGAUCAGUAUUUGGAAUUUGCCCUAACGCUGAAGAAGGGUAUGGGAAAGUCUGUGAUCAACUACAACCUGCCAAGGCAGUGUAUUCGGAACUACUUCCCCUCUCGGAAGUGUUUUACUUUCCCGUUCCCAACUGCUCCAGAAAAUAUGUGCAAUCUGGAGCAGUUGGAUGUGAAUGACCUUUUCCCCAAAUUUCUGGAGACUGCCGAUCGUUUCUGCAAGUACAUCUUCAAAGAAAGUCGAGUGAAAACAGUGAAGGGGGGCCACAGAGUCAAUGGAAGAUUGCUGAGCCAUUUAGUGGAAACCUAUGUGAACACAAUUGCCAGUGGUGGUGUACCCUGUCUGGAGAAUGCAGUGGUUGCCAUGGCGCAGAUUGAGAACCAGGCUGCAGUGCAGAAGGGGUUUCACGUGUAUGAGUCUGGAAUGGAACAAGUGAAAAACAACUUCCCUCUAGAGCUGAAUGAGAUCUUCCCUCAACACCAAGACCUCAACACCAUGGCCAUACAGGUCUUCAUGAAACGCUCCUUCAAGGAUGAGCAAGGGGUGCAUCUGAAAGCACUGGCUGAGGCCAUUGAUAAGCACUACGCUCGGCUCUUGCUCCAAAAUGAGGAGGCCUCAGAGAGGAAAUGCCAAAAGCUUCUCAUGGAUCUCUAUGCACCAAUGGCUAAGAAGCUCCAGGAUGGGUGCUAUGCCCAGCCAGGAGGCUAUGAGCUGUACUGUGGAGACCGUAAUAACGUAGUGACCCAGUAUCGCAACCAUAGCAAGAAAGGAGUCAGGGCUGAGGAUGUACUGGAGAUGUUUAUGAAAGACAAGAGUAUGGAAUCUAAUGCUGUUCUCCAGGCCGAUAAGAAACUGACUGAAAAUGAGCGGAGGAUACAAGAGGAGAAAGAAAGAGCUGCCUUGAUGGAGCAGAAGAUAAGAGCAGAGCAGGAAAGACAAGAGGAGAUGAAGAAAACUUUGGAGGAGGAGCGUCAGAGCCAGAAGGAGAGGUUGAAGCAGAUGGAAGAGAAAAUAGAGGAGGAAAAGUGCCAGCAACAGAAAGAAAUGGAGUUAGCCAUGGAGAGCAAACUGAGAGAGCAGAAAGACCUCUUAGAAAAUGGCUUUAAGGAGAAGGCUGAGCUUUUGGGUGAGGAGAUCCAGCAGCUAAAGAAAGAAAAGGCUGCGAACUUUGGUGGCAUCUUCAAAGACUAUGUCAUGCCUUUGCUUAAGAUCGCUGUUGACGUAGGCUCCAAUAUUCUUCAGUAUAAAGUACUUAGCAAAGUUUUAAAGUGA